AUGGGCGUACAACAAGGGGUUAACCUCCCCUCCUCCGGUGAUGGUAGACAGCCCACCACCUUGGAGCAACAGGUUACAACAACUGAGGCAGCCCGCCAGACGGUUAGCGCAUCUCCAAUUGUAGAUCCGGGUUUGGCCCGCAAGCCAGCCGAGAUGGAAGCCCUCAUUCAGCGUAUCCCUGGAAUGCCUGCUCCUAUCAAGAAGAGUGCCGCAAGCUGCUACGCCGACUCACCAUUUGUCGAUGAGAUAGCUUUAGUGGAGAUGCCUAAGAAAUUUAGCUUUUCCAACAUGAAGAUGUUCGACGGGACAUCUGACCCAGACGACCACAUCGCCCAAUAUCGACAAAGGAUGUUCACCGUGGCCAUUCCACGUGACAUGAGGGAAGCAUGCAUGUGUAAGGGGUUUGGUUCGAGUCUAAUCGGACCAGCCCUCCAGUGGUAUACUAAUUUGCCUAAUAAUUCUAUUAAAACUUUUGCACAACUCACUGAUACUUUUGUUGAGCAGUUUGCCAGUAGCAGGAAAUUAGAGAAGCAAUCAGAAGACCUUUACGUCAUCGUCCAACGACGUGGGGAAGCACUGAGAGAUUACGUGGGGCGCUUCAAUAAAGAAAAAGUGUCUAUCACCAAUUGUAACCAACACACAGCCAUCUCAGCUUUCCGCAAAGGACUUCGCUACGACUCAGAUUUAUACAAAGAACUCACCAAGUACCCAUGUAAGACUAUGGAAGACGUCCUCGCCAAGGAAUGGGCCCAAAUCAAGUGGGAAGAAGAUGAAGUCAACUACUACAGAUCCUCUCCAAGAAAAGAGACUCGCAGAGAUUCUAGAGUAGACAGACGGCACAACGACAAACGGUCUGAGCGAUACCCGACUUCUAACAAGUCAGAGAACCGAAGAAGGGAUUACAACCGGCCCACUGACACAUAUCCUCGAAGUGGACCGAAGAUGCCCGAGUACAACUUGUCCAUCUCACCUGCUGAGGCUGUUCAAGUACUUAAGGGGCUUGGAAGCAAAGUAAAGUGGCCUGAGAAGAUGAGGACUCCAGCUGAGCAGAGGGACAGAAGCAAGUGGUGUGACUUCCACAACGACCAUGGCCACCGGACUGAAGAGUGCAUUGCCUUAAGAUUAGAAGUAAUCAACUUGCCAAAACGGGGCCACUUAGUCGACCACCUCACCGACAAAGGAAAGAAGACUUACCAGGGUCAGAGGGACACGAUAGACAACCAAAGGGACAUAACACCGCCCAGGCCACCUGUUCAUGAGAGAACGGUCAACGUAAUAACAGGUGGCUCAAAAGUAAGUGGAGUCACCUACCGCAAAGAAACAUGCACGUCAGGCUAA